GUGGAGAAUAAUUUAGGAGUUUAAGAAGAAGGAGCCUGGACCUGAAGGAGCAGGAGGCAUGCAUAGGGAGAGAAAGGCUACAUCAUGGCCAGCAGUUGGUCCAUUCCUCGCCGAUCUGGGGACCGCGAUUGGUGACUGCAGGGGCCUCCACCGUCCAUGCUAUGCAUUGAGCUGCAAGGGUGGAUUCCGGUUUGGACCGGAUCAGUCUGGAUAUGAGUACCUUCUUCCUUUUUGUUCAUCCCAGAGUCCAGGCACCAGACCAGACGCCCGAGAGUGUGACAAGUCGAAGGUCGAAUCGGACCCCGUUGCCUCAAUUUGAUUCAGUUAGACUUCUGGAGACAUCACUGGGGCAGGUCAGCUCGCCUGUCAAGGGUCAGAGCAGAUGAUGCGGAGAGAAAGCAGAUGAUCGCAUUUCCCCUCAUUGAUGGAAAUGAUCGGCAGGAGCAGCAGGAGCACUCGGCAAAAGAGGUGAAAGACCCUUAACUAGCUGACUAGACUAUCUUUAGCCAGAAUGUCACUAGUUAUACUAGGUAGUUAGUCAGGGGGUUGCGUCCGAAACCGCCCCCCAUGGAGUGAAAGAGAGGAACUGGAACCAACAAG